UUUGCCAAAUCCCGCAGCUCGACACACUUCAGAAAGUCCACGCGACCAGUGAUCAUGCCGACCUCAAGCGCUCGCCGCAACGCCAACCGUGCACGGUGCCGCAUGCCCGAGUGCGGCAAGUUCGCACAGACCCGCGGGCUCUGCAAAGCGCACGGCGGUGGCUCGCGUUGCCGCGACCCGAGCUGUCAGAAGCUCGCUCAGAGUCGAGGCUUGUGCAUCGCGCACGGUGGCGGCCGUCGAUGCGCUUUCGACGGCUGCUCCAAGCUCGCCCAGUCCAAAGGCUUCUGCAUCUCUCACGGCGGUGGCCGCCGUUGUCACGUCGCUGACUGCGAUAAGUUCGCACAGGUGCGCGGCCACUGCAAGUCACACUCGAAGCUCGUUCCGACCGGCUCAGGUUCAUGGUCUCCGGUAUCGAUCUCGGAUUCGACGACCUCUAGUUCGGAUCGCUUUACCCCCAAGUCCACCAUGUCGCCGACUAAGUCCAAGCUCUCGAUCGACUUUCUCGUUAACCCAUGCAGUGUGGCUUCCGACAGUAAGGAGGCGGUGCUACCGGGCAUGCACAUGGUCGGCUCCGUGCUGCCUCACCAACGUUCGCUUCUCUCCUAUCUCGACCCGAUGACUACUCUAGCCUCUACAGCUGCAGCGAUGCAGGCUCGCCCGUCGGUAACCAUGCCGUCGCACUACCCACCCCUCGUGCUGUACCGGUGAUUUGAUUUCCAUUCGCAUAGCUUAUUAGAAGUUGCUGCGGCCUGCAGUGUAUUUAUCCGUAAAAUUGCAUGCCUUUUGCUAUUGAUGA